AUGUCGGGCAUGAGCGCGAUCGUGAUGACGAAGGGAGUGAUCCGCGCGCCCUCGGCGACGCGAAGGUCGGGCACCGCGUCGCGGCGCGGCGGACACGGGCGCACCUUAUCUUCAUCGCGCACAACCGCUUCCCGAGACGACGACGACGCAGCCACGGGGUUCGUCAACAUCAAGGGCGACGAGGGCGUGGACGAGGCCAGGACGGAGGUGCCCCAGUCCAUCAAGGAUCAGUACCGGCUGAUCGAGGAUCCGACGUGGCUGGAGCGGGAACUGCUCCGCCAGGACGACGGGUACCCGACGAGUCGAGCCGCGGUGCUGCGACAGACGUUCAUGACGGGUGACGCCAAGGGGUUCGGGUACGCGGUGAGCAGCAUCCAGCUCACGCUCGCGAUGUUCGCGUGCGCGUACGUCGCCUUCGCCGCCGCGCGCGUGCCGGGCGCGGAGGAGGGUGACCUCAUAUACGUCGUGGGAGGCACGUGGAAGUGGUUCGCGCUGCUCGGCGCGACGAGUUUCUACCUGGAGUGCGUCAAGUUCGUGGAAUCAGUCGUGGGCGUCGAGGGACGACGAAAGAUGUGA